UUUAAUUCCCCCAAUGGAAGUUGAAAAGUCAGCCAUCACACACUCUGUAAACAUUUUAAUGGCUGCUAGGCCCAGGCAAUGACUAAUGACAGAGAAACAAAGGAAUCAACCAUGGGCGGAGACGAACGAGAGCACCGCCGUUUAGCGAUGACACUUGCGGCAGUUCUAUUCUUGGGAACAUUUCAACUCGGUGAAGGAGAGUUGAGAGGAGAUUAUUCAAAGCUAUCGGGGAUAAUAAUCCCUGGAUUCGCUUCAACUCAGUUGAGAGCUUGGUCCAUUCUCGACUGCCCUUACUCUCCUCUCGAUUUCAAUCCCCUCGACUUGGUUUGGCUCGACACUACUAAACUCCUCUCAGCUGUAAAUUGUUGGCUUAAGUGUAUGUUACUUGAUCCGUACAACCAAACUGAUAAUCCAGAAUGUAAGUCACGUCCUGAUAGUGGUCUUUCUGCUAUUACUGAACUUGAUCCAGGUUACAUUACAGGCCCUCUUUCUUCGGUGUGGAAAGAAUGGGUUAAGUGGUGCAUUGAAUUUGGUAUUGAGGCUAAUGCAAUUAUAGCUGCCCCAUACGAUUGGAGAUUGUCACCAUCAAUGCUUGAGGAGCGAGACCUUUACUUUUACAAGUUAAAGCAGACAUUCGAAACUGCUCUUAAACUUCGAGGGGGGCCAUCAAUUGUGUUUGCUCAUUCAUUGGGUAAUAAUGUCUUCCGUUACUUUUUGGAGUGGUUAAAGCUAGAAAUUGCACCAAAACAGUACAUCCAAUGGUUGGAUGAUCAUAUUUAUGCUUUUUUUGCUGUCGGAGCUCCUCUUCUUGGUUCAACUGAGACAGUCAAAGGAAUGCUUUCUGGAAACACAUUUGGCCUUCCUGUUUCUGAGGGAACUGCUCGGUUGAUGUUCAAUUCAUUUGGUUCUUCAUUAUGGAUGAUGCCAUUUUCAAAGUAUUGUAGGGCAGACGCCAUGUAUUUGAAGCAUUUUUCUGGGGGAAUCAGGAAGGGGCCUAAUGCCUAUCAAUGUGAGCAAAAGGAAUUUCAGUCAAAUUACUCUGGUUUUUCAACUAAUAUAAUCAACAUUGAAAUACCUUCAACCCGUGGGAUUGACGCCUAUCCAUCAGUUUCAGAGUUUUCCCAGACCAACUACUCUAGCAUGGAAUGUGGACUCCCAACACAGUUGUCAUUUUCAGCUCGUGAAAUAUCAGAUGGGACCUUUUUCAAAGCAAUAGAGGACUAUGAUUCAGAUAGCAAGAGGACCUUGCACCAACUGAAGAAGUCAUAUCAUGAUGAUCCUGUUCUGAAUCCUCUUACACCAUGGGAUAGACCACCUAUUAAGAAUGUUUUCUGUAUCUAUGGAGUAGAUUCUAGGACUGAGGUUGGUUAUUAUUUUGCACCAAGCGGCAAACCUUACCCUGAUAAUUGGAUAAUUACUGAUGUCAUCUAUGAAAUUGAAGGAUCACUGGUCUCGCGGUCAGGGAAUCAGGUUGAAGGAAAUCCAGGACCUGCAAGUGGUGAUGAGACAGUACCAUAUCAUUCCCUAUCUUGGUGCAAGAACUGGCUUGGGCCCAGAGUGAACAUAACAAGAGCUCCACAGUCGGAGCAUGAUGGGUCAGAUGUACAAGUGGAGUUGAAUGUUGAGCAUCAUAAUGAAGAUGUAGUCCCCAACAUGACAAGGUCACCUAGAGUCAAAUACAUAACUUACUAUGAAGACUCGGAAAGCAUUCCAGGAAAGAGGACAGCAGUUUGGGAGCUUGAUAAAGCAAAUCACAGGAACAUCGUUAGAUCACCAGCUCUAAUGCGAGAGUUAUGGCUCCAGAUUUGGCAUGAUAUUCAUGCUGAUUCACCAUCCAAAUUUGUUACAAAAGCAAAGCGAGGGCCCUUGAGGGAUGAUGACUGUUACUGGGACUACGGAAAAGCUCGAUGUGCAUGGCCUGAAUACUGUGAAUACAGGUAUGUCUUUGGUGAUGUUCAUUUGGGACAGAGCUGUAGGUUAAGGAAUUCUUCAGCCGAUGCACUCCUGCAUUAUGUAUAGAAUAAAGGUGUUCAUCUGUAACCCCAUAAGCUUGUUCUGACAUUAGCGGGCAUUACAAACAAAUCAAGGAGCUGCAUCUCCAACAAAUUUAUUUUUUCGGUUGGUGUCCUGACAUUCUUUCAUAUAUUAUGCAGAGUUCUUCCUUGGGUCCUUCUUAGCUUUACAGGGUAACAUCAAUACCAAAUAGUCUCACCUUUGCAAUUCAUACAGCACAUUUUUAGCCAAUUCUUUUCUGUUAAACUUCUUAAUCCCAGAGGCUGGAGAACAAUAAACAAACCAUUAUAUCGGUGUAGACAACGGAAGACUAUGAAUUCCUAUAGAACUUACAGAUGGUAUUCAUCCACCAGUUCAGCUUCAGAUUUGUUCAUGGAGUAUUAAAUCAAACAUGGGUAGACAUGUAUUCAGAAUUUGAAAUAUAUCUUGUAAAAGAUGCUACAUUGAUCUUUAUACAUUGGCAUCAUCAACCUCUUUUCUAUGGGAAAGAAAUGGUGUAAACCCUUUUGUCUUAGAGAUUUAAACAAUUUUGGGAUUAUACAUGAAAAGUUAUUGAAUAUUUUAACAA